UUCGAGCAGCCGCCCAGCAGUGGCGGCGUGGCCGAAGGCGGAGCAUCGGAGGUGCGCCAGCUCGCCAGCCUGGUCGAGACUCUCGCGAAGUUCGGCGACGCGGAGGGUGCUCAGCGGUACCAGCGGCGUCUCGAGGCAAAGAAGAAGGAGCUCGCACCAGCUGAGGCCCCUCUGCAGCAACGCGUCAACAAGGCCUACCGCGAGCUGCGGGGCUGGCAGCCCAAGGCGAACAAGGUCCAGGAGGCGAACGACGAGCUGGCCAAGGAGGAGUCGGCGCAUGCGGACCUCGUGCGCCAGCUUCACGCCUCCGUGGACGGCCCCACUGACGACGCUAAGUAUUAUGUGGCUAUUCUGGACGUGUCCGACAUCCUCACUGGAACGGUUUCGGAGAUCCCGAUCAGCAUCGCCAGCCUGCUGGGGGAGGACGGCGAGCGCGAAUGGUCACAUGAGGAGCGCGCUGAAGCAGAUCGUCGCGUCCAGCAUCUACAGGCCGCGCUCAAGGAGGCCCUCGUCGCAUCCUUCGGCGAAGUGCAGGAGAAAGCAGACGCUUUCAAGCUCGAGCACCAGGAGCAGCUCAAGCGCCUGCGCCCCAAGCGCGCCAGGGUCGAGGGGGCCUUCGCAGGUGGGGGUGGCGCUGGAGCUGAG